AUGCCUAAAGUCCGAAGAAGUAAAAAACCUCCACCCGAAGGAUGGGAAUUAAUUGAACCAACACUGGAAGAACUGGAACAAAAAAUGAGAGAAGCUGAAACUCAACCACAUGAAGGAAAAAGAAAAACUGAAGCAUUAUGGCCGAUUUUUAAAAUACACCAUCAGAAAUCUAGGUAUAUAUAUGAUUUAUUUUACAGGAGGAAAGCAAUUAGUAAAGAAUUAUAUGAAUUUUGUUUAAAUGAAAAUAUCGCUGAUAAAAAUUUAAUUGCUAAAUGGAAAAAACAAGGAUAUGAAAAUUUGUGUUGUUUAAGAUGUAUUCAAACUCGUGACACAAAUUUUGGAACCAAUUGCAUUUGUAGAGUGCCUAAAGUUAAAUUAGAAGAAGGACGAAUAGUUGAAUGUGUACACUGUGGAUGCAGAGGUUGCUCUGGAUAA